AUGGGCGAGUCCGCCGCCACUACUUUCGCCUCCGUCUUCGUGCUCGGCAUCGGCUUCAUGGCUGCGGGCUAUGCCUAUCACAAAUCUUACAAAUAUCUGCAGCUAAAGAAGAUAGAGAGGGCAUUCGAGCCAGGCGAUCCCGUGCUGGUUCUUGCAGCCAUGGGUAAAGAGGUUCCGGUGCCCCCGAACGCGGAGCACUGGAUCAUGCGACGGGAGCAAGCCAAGAUCGACCGAAUCAUCGACGGCACUAACAAGGGCCACUACUACCUCAUCAUGGGCGAGAAGGGCUGCGGCAAGAGCAGCAUGCUCUUGGAGGCCAUGCGGAAGGUGGACGGCGAGGGUUGCGCUAUGUUCGAAGCGCACGCAGACCUGGAGAUCUUCCGAAUUCGGCUGGGCAAAGCGCUCGAUUACGAGUUUCACGAGGAUUAUAUCGGCGGAUACUUCAGCGAGCGCGGUCCGAGAGAGUCCACCGCGCUGCUAGACAUCGAGAGGGCGAUGAACAAGCUAGAGAAGGUAGCGCUGGCGCAUAGGGCCAAGAAGAACAAGCCCUUGAUUCUCAUCAUCAACCAGACCCACCUGAUUCGGGACGACGAGGACGGAAAGGACUUGCUGGAGCUGCUCCAACAAAGAGCCGAGCAGUGGGCGGCUUCUAACCUCGUGACCAUGAUUUUCAACAGCGACGACUACUGGGUGUACGAGAGGCUGAAGCAGCUGGCCACCCGGAUGGAAGUCUUGCCAGUCAUGGACCUACCAAAGUCGCAGGCGAUUAGAGCGUUGCGCAAAUACCGCCAUCGAUACUUCGCCGAAGACGUAGAUAGCGCCAUCCUCGAAGAAGUGUACGACCGGGUUGGCGGCCGGCUCUCGUUCUUGAAUCGGGUAGCCAGGUCGCGGAACAUGCUCGCAACGUGUGAUCGAAUCAAGGAGAUCGAAAAGACCUGGUUCCUAAAUCAGUGCUGGAUUCUCGGAUCGGAAAUGGAUGACGACGUCAUGGACAGCCAGAAGAGAAGUGCAGCUGCGAUGGUCCUCGCCUUGGCUCUCGUCGAUAAGGAAGAAGAGAUGGAGCAGACCUACGACCCCCUGCAGGGACACAUACUCCCGUCGUUUCCCAUGCACAUAGCGCAAGAAAUCAUGACCCGGGCCGACUUCAUCCGCGAAUUCGAUCGGCUCAACCUGUUCACGAUUACGAGCACGGCUGAGGUCCGCGCGAGCUCGGUGCCGAUGCACCGCGCAUUCCAGGAGAUCUGCGCCGAGCCCAGAUUCCGGCAGUUCCUCCAGGAUACGCUGGAACGCAUUGCCGCCAUCGAGAGUCUCGGCCGCACGAGAGAGUUAGUGGCCAAGGACCUCGUGCUCGGCGGCAAAUACAAGAUCGUCCAGCGCAGCGGCUGGUCGGAUAAGGUCGAAGUAUCGCUUGAACAACCAAAAUAG